CUGGAUCAGACUGGAGGGACAAUUGUACCUGAGACUUGCACUCCCCGAGUCAGAUCCCCAAAUCCAGAACGCAAGCAAUGGCAAAUCUCUUCGAGCCCCUCCGCAUCGGCAAUCUGAGCCUCAAACACCGCGUUGUCCUCGCGCCGCUAACUCGCUUCCGCGCAGACGACAACCAUGUCCCCCUCGACAUCGUCGCUGAACACUACGCCCAGCGAGCUUCCGUAUCCGGAGGCUUGUUGAUUAGCGAAGCCACCCUCAUAUCCCCGCGAGCAGGCGGCUACCCCAAUGUCCCCGGGAUCUACAACCAGGAGCAAAUCACGAAAUGGAAAUCAGUCACCGAUGCCGUGCAUGCUAAGGGGAGUUACAUCUUCUGCCAGCUCUGGGCUCUCGGACGUGCUGCGAACCCGAAGGUUCUGGCUCGUGAUGGUUACGCCUUUGUGUCCAGUAGCAAUAUCCCCUUGGGCAACGACGGUCCUGCUCCUGAACCCCUGGAUGAAGCCGGCAUUGCAACCUUCACGGCAGACUACGUGCAGGCUGCCAAGAAUGCGAUUGCGGCCGGGUUCGAUGGAGUCGAGAUCCACGGCGCCAAUGGGUACUUACUUGACCAAUUCCUCCAGGAUACCUGCAACACGCGGACAGAUCGCUGGGGUGGAAGUAUUGAGAAUCGGUCCCGGUUCGGCGUGCAAGUCGCCAAGGCUGUCUCCGAUGCUAUCGGCCCGGAGAAGACUGGCUAUCGUCUUAGUCCGUGGAGUACCUUCCAGGGAAUGGGAAUGGCUGAUCCCAGGCCUCAGUUUGAACAUAUCGUCAGACAGCUCAAGGAGCUGAGGCUGGCUUAUGUGCAUAUCGUCGAGUCGCGUGUUAAUGGCAGUGCGGACAAGGAGGAGGGUCCUACAGCGUCGAACGACUUCUUGAUCGAUGCAUUCGGGGAUGCUGGCGCGGUUAUCCUCGCGGGAAGAUUCUCCCCCCAGUCUGCCAAUGAGGCGGUUAAGGCGUACAAGGGCCAUGAUCGGGUGGCUAUUGCAUUUGGCCGGAGUUAUAUCUCGAAUCCUGAUCUGGCGUUUCGCGCGAAGAAUGGACUGCAACUCACUCCAUAUAACAGGGAGACGUUUUACACCCCCAAGUCUCCUGUUGGUUACCUGGAUUACCCUUUCAGUCCGGAGUUUGUUGCGCAGAAUGGUGGUCAGAAGAGCAAUAUAUAGACAUAACAAGAGUAGAUAAGUUCUCUAUUACCAUUAUCCAUGGUAAUUAUCAGGCCAACACCGACAUUAUUCCAAGUCCAAAGCUCAUGGACGGGUAUCAUUCACAGUAUCAACAAAAGCAGACCAAAAUCAAUUACUCAAGAAAUAAUUGCAAGCCAAUAUAGACCCCAAUCCAAUCUCCUCCUCCCACCCAUCCAAAUCAUACCUCAUCCGAUGCCAGUUACCCAGUUUCUGCCCAUUCGGAGGCGCAUACUUCUCCCCCUUGAACCCCUCCGGCUGUUCAUAUAAGAAAAAGCAAUACCGAUGCGGAGAGCUAGGCGGGGGAGGCGCGGGACCGAUAUAAUUCGCCACGAACGGGUCUGCGGAUUUGAGCUUCGUUGUGCUGUUCUCGAUUGAAUCGACCUUGUACCCUGGUUGGAUCCAGUGGAGGAUGGGGCCUAGGACACCGAAUGAUGGGAAGGGUGCGUCGAUAUCGAGGGCUACUACCAUGUAGGUCUUUGAGGGGUCUGGGACGGCGAAGCUUAUGGAGGGGGGGGAUUGGGCUUCUGUACAAUUGGUUAAUUAAUCUACCCACUAUUCUACGGGGUUGAUUGAUAGAAGGUACAGACCAGCCUUUGGGAUGUAUUUCCCCGGUUCAACAUCGUGAUCGCCUAUUUUAACACCCAGGACUUUGGACUGGUCGUUCUGGAUCAGAGCCAGGGCUGCCGUGACGCUCUUGUUAGCCGGCAUGGUGGAUUAUUUCUUUCCCCACAGCAACUUCUCGUUCAAUAAAGAAGCACACAGGAGUGAAGAAAAGAAGAAAGCCAAUUCUCUUUCCCUUGGACUGCUUAUAAGGCCCAAGCGUCAUCAAGCUUCUACGCCGGAGAUAACGGGGUUAGAGACUAACACCGUCUAAAC